AUGGGGAUCAUCGGCUCAGUGAAGGAGUCCCUUGUGAAGAUACUUGUCCAAGGAGAUUUCUCCGAGUAUUUGGACGAUAGAAACAUGCACUGCACUGCCCGUCUUGCUGAUAUGUUGAGCCAAUUCUCAGGUGAUCUUCAGAAGCACUACCCAAAUAACAGUUCUUCUGAUAAUGGAUUCUUGAUGGACGAAAUCAAGGUGCUCGAGGAAUGCAAAUCAGUUGGAUUGCCUAAUUUCCUACCGAGAUCGGCCUUUUUAGCUAUCUUUAUAAAACACAUAGAGGGAAUUCAGAGCAGGCCGGUGGAUUUCAUGAGGGAAACAUGGGAAUACAUCGAUGGCAUUCUAUCGUCAGUCAUUUCCAAACACUCAGAUAGCUUCCCCCAGAUUCAGCAAUCCAUCAGAAGGGCGGGCCGAAAUCUGAUCUGCAAAAUGAAGGAACGAUCAGUGAACCGUGUGAUAGAAAUGGUGGAGACUGAGAAGCAGACGGAUUAUACUUGUAACCCUGAGUAUAUAUCCUCGUGGAACAAGAACAUAGCUCAACAAGGUAGCUUCAUCAAAUCCGUUAAGGAUGGCCGUGAUGCCUGCGACUUACCUGAAUUCGGUACCGUGAAGAUUUCGCAUCUUAGGGUUCACGGUGAUUUGCUGCAGCAGGCCUUUGAUUUGAAGAUGAGGAUCACUGCUUACUGGACGAUUGUCCUGCUAAGGAUUGUCGACAACGUUGCUCUGCACCUGCGAUUCUCGGUGAUCAAUUUGGUCGACAAGGAGAUGGAGAAGGAUAUCGUUGCGGAAAUGGUGGGUACCGACGGGAAUGGCGAGAUUCUGAGGAUGCUGGUGGAAUCUCCCGCGGUGGCAAGCAAAAGAGAGAAGCUGAAGAACAGUAUCAAGCUUCUGAAGGAGUCGAAGGAUGUAUUGGCUGCCAUUGUUGAUCAGAACUCUGUUUAG